GCAGCAGCAGCACUCAUCUGUGUUGCUGUAUAUUUUUAAAUGAUUAAAAGCACCGUGGAGCUCAGAAGAAUUUUCUGGUCGAGGAGAGGUUCCUGCAGCUUCUACCCCUUCUCGGUGGAGUAUUUGAGAAACUCUCUGGGACCUGAAUGGAUGGGCAUGGGGGAAACAGGCUUCUACUACCCCGGGGCUGAGCGCCCGACCACAGUCUUCACCUUCCUGCUGCUUUUCAUCUCGACGUUUGCCAACACAGGAGACUGCCAGCAGCAGCAGCACUACCAGUGCAGGAUCCAGAAGUGCACGACCGACUUCGUGGCCCUCACGUCGCAUCUGAACGCCGCUCUUAAUGCUUUCGCCUCCGAGUUCUGCAUCGCCCUGCGGGCUUAUGCCCUGUGCACCGAGCGCACGGCCAAAGCCUGCCGGGGCAACCUGGCCUUCCACUCGGCCAUGCUGGGCAUCAGCGACCUGAUGAGCCAGAGGAACUGCUCCCGCGAAGGGCCCACGUCGAUCGCGGCGCAGGACCUGGUGCCCGUCAGUCACAACAUGGGCAUCUGCGACUAUGAGAGCCGGGCGGGGGCGGCGGCGGUGCGCGGCCACCGCGCUGCAGCGGGCGUCGAGCUGCGGGCUGCCCGCCGCCGCUACGUCUUCUGCGGCUUGUUCGGCGAUCCGCACCUCAGGACUUUCAGGGAUCACUUUCAGACUUGCAAAGUGGAAGGAGCCUGGCCCCUGAUCGACAACGACUACUUGUCGGUGCAAGUAACCAACGUCCCUGUUGUGCAGGGAUCCAGCGCCACAGCCACCAACAAGAUAACCAUCAUAUUCAAAACCUACCAUGACUGUACAGAUCAGAAGGUUUACCAGGCAAUGACAGAUGAUUUGCCUGCAGCAUUCAUAGAUGGUACAACAGUGGGAAAUGGCUGGAUAAAGACUCUGUGGAUAGUAGAGAAAGCCAAUGGUAAACAUGUGGAGGUGCACGCAAAAUACAUAGGAAUGACUGUAAUUGUGCGGCAAGUGGGACGUUAUUUAACGUUUGCAUUGAGGAUGCCUGAGGAAUUGGCGCUGAAUGAAAACGACAGCCAGGGACUGCAGCUUUGUGCUCGUGGCUGCCCAAUGAAUGAACGCAUCGACGAAGGUGGCCAUCUCCCGCUUCCAGCCAAUAGUCAAAACCAUCCACAGCACCCGCAGGCCCAACCAAGAGGUGCCUACACAUUAGAGAGUGCAACGGCUAAAUGCCAUGAAAAAAUCCAAGUAAAGGAUGUCUAUUUUCACUCCUGUGUUUUUGACCUUCUGACAACUGGAGAUGCAAACUUUACAGCAGCAGCUUAUAGUGCACUCCAAGACCUGGAGACAUUGCAUCCAAAGAGAGAGCGCUGGCAUAUUUUCCCCAGGGGUAACAACGUUGCCCAGAACAACAGUGUAUUAUUUAACAUUUAUGUUGGACUGUUUUCCUUUGUUGUGAUUGUGUUUUUGUAGGUUUUUUAGUUUAUAAAAAUAUUAAAUAUAUAUUGUUAUAAUAUAUUCAGAAAAGUAUAUAUGUAUAUACAGUAUAUAUGAUGGGAUGGCAAUCCUGAGCAAACGUAAGACUGUACAUAUUGUGUAAUUUGUUAUGUAAGUUCAUAUGAAUUCAGUUGUAGUAUUAUGUACUUUUUGUUGAAAGUUAUUUUGCAAGUUGUGUGUGAAUUGAUAUCCCUACAGUAGGGUCUGUUGUUACAAAGGGCACUUUAUGUUUCUACGUACUGAUACUUAAAAUGGCUACCGGUAAAUGUGUUCAGAGUUACAGCGCUGUCUCUCAAAUCAGAAAGUUUGAUAUUCAGCCUCGGAAGGAUUACCAGUUUUGCUUUUUGGUUUCAAAAUGGAUAACUGUUUGUAUAAGCGGUGAUUGUCUAAAUAUGUAAAUAGUUAACUUAUUUAUAAACCAAAUGUCCUGCUAGAAGAACAUAGAGCAGAUUCUGUGCUAUUUCUGAUGUUCGCUCUGCUGUGUUAGUGAUGCCACCUAGUGGAUUGCACUUGAGUUACUUCAGUGUUCAGGUGACCAGUGAUUAUAAAAUCUAAUUUGUGAUUAUAAAAAAGGACUUAAAUGCCUUUUAUAUUGUGAUGUGUUAGUUAUCCCUUCUGGUCACUGCCCCCCAAAAAGAAAAUACACAGAACCUCCUGUAUUGAAUUGAAAUUCAAAACAAAAAUCUGCCAUGAAUUUUUUAUUCCAAACCAGUAAAUAUGUUUUUCUAGGUAUUUCCACAAUAACUACCUUUUCAAACUUUUUCUACUUAACUGUAAUGGAAGCAUCCAGUUUUGUUAAAUCUUUAUUCUCCUUUGUCUUUUAAGGUUUAUCUGGUCAAGAUGUUGCUUUCAGACUUCGGCCAGUCUGCAUCUAAAGGUUUAGAGAAUCAUGAACCACAUCUGGUCGAUUUCCUGGUGUCUCAUUCCUCACUGAUACUGUGGAUUUGUUUUUGAAGGAGGAAAUGCAAAUGCAGUUUCACCAGUCAUAAUUACUAAUGUCCUUCACAUUUCUGCAGUACUUUCUCCUUAUUCACAUUUCUACAUUGUUGGCAAACAGUGCUAUAAAACUCUGGUAAAUUACCCAGCUGGUUUCUUGGAUUCAUGAACCAAUUCAGUUGGGAAUGGGGUCUUGCUAAGUGAAAGCCAUGUGCAAGUUGGUCUCAUCAAAAUUUUAUAAACUCUUGCAUAUGUCUGUGGAUGGUUUGCUGCAGCUUUUACGGAGGUGGAGCUGGUAAGAAGGGUGCUACGUAGGUGCUGAAUUUUCCAACCACCAUGUAAUGGUUCACCAUCCCUGAGCUACAAAAAAGAUCCUCCUCCAGAGAUGAUGACCAGUUGCCUUGUCUUAUUUUAGGAAAGUCCAGUCAAAUAUAUUUUGACUGAUCACUGUGUUGGAAUCAUUUUUUCAAAUUGGGCACAGUAAACACUUGAGCAAUUCCCACACUCACCAUAAAUGUAUGCUUACAAGAUAAAAAGUACUGAUGGGGUCUAUGUGAGUUAGAAAUGAGUUGUGAUAGUUUUGUUUACUAUGUAGCUACUAACUGAACUGCUGGAAACUGCACUAUAACUGAGCAUAUUUAUCACGUCGAAAGAACGGAUUUUCUCUUCAGAACAAGGUAGAGAAAUCAUGGAUCAGCUGUUGAGUCAUUGUUGAGCCCCUAAUUUCUUUUUUUCCCUCCGUCUUUUUUGUGCUAAAGUUCUGGUAAUGCCAGUAAGGUUAGAGCAGUUUCACCAAGUAUCUUGUGUACCACCUGCUUCAUCAAAGUGGAAAACCUGCAAGUUUGUGUAUUUGAAGUUGCUAUUGAAAUCAAACGUGCUGAUAAAACGUGCAUUAAAAUUCUGUUAGGAAAUACACAUGUAGUGUUCAUGUCUUGAAUUAAACUGAUACGCUACGUCUUAUUGUACAUGUGGAGGAAAUGAUUAUACGCCUUUAAUGUGAAUGUUUUUAAAACAAUGGGAAAUGUUCGCUUAUAUUCACAAUCAUAUUAGAAUAACUUUAUUACUAUUAGGUGUGGGUUGUAGAGUUCAUGUGUGUCUUAGUGGCCUCAUUAGUUGAACCAACAAGUCCCAUUUGAUAAUUUGCAAAGAGAAUUGCUAUAAAUAUUUCUACUCUACCAGCAUAGUGGAAUCCAUGUGAGAGAUUUCUAAGUCCAGGAGAAUGUUUUUGAUCUUUUCCUGGAGGAGUACAAAAUAACCAGCAACGAUUAGAUUAGGUCUAACAAAUUCACUGCUGACAGAAGGGCUGAUUUGAACUGCCCAUUUGGGGAAAUAAAAUUAGGUGAGUUGCAGAUUCAUGGGCUAGCAAACCUUCUUUUCCUGGAUGCAUCCCACUACCUUAGUGAAUACAGCCCUCACUACAUACAGCAUUGAAAUAUUUCUCUGAGGGAUCCAAGCUAAUAAGAAAGGAUUUUCAAUUCCUAUUCAUGACUGACACAGCAGCCUGCUAACAAAGGCCAAAGAGGAUUCCAGCAGGAGAGAACAGAUCGAUAUCAUAUCGAGUCAUAUUUCCAUCUGGUCAGCAAGCUUUCAGCCUUUGCUUUUUCCUGUCUGUAAAGGGAAGAAAGAUCAAAAUCUGAAUCCAAAAUGAGGGAAAUAUAAUUGUGUAAAAGCAAAUAAUGAAAUACCGAGGGGGGAGAAAAAGUUAUUUUUGGGAUGAACUCCAGCUUUGACAGAAUUCUUGGAAUCCAGUUAGUGCUAUAACUUUAACGUUGCUAUUUCUAAAACAAAAAUCAGCUUGAAUUUUAUUUGGAUGUUCUGUGUUCAUUUAUCGACUUCAGCCUACUCAACCCAGCUCCAGGAAGGUUACCUUCCCUUUGUAUUUUCCUCUAUU